AUGCGGUGGAGGUUUCACUCUUUGUUCCUCUUAUGCCUCCAUUUCUUCCUCCCCUCCACCACCACCCUCUCUUCCCCUUUCUCUCCUUCAGAAAACGUCACUCUCUACGGCGACGCCUUCUUCACCGACCACUCCAUCACCCUCACCACCGACCAACUCUCUUGCUCCGAAUCUUCUUCUUCUUCUUCUUCUUCGUCUUCUUCUUCUUCAUCUUCAUCUUCGAGUUCAGGUGUUGGAAGAGCUUUCUAUGUUUACCCUAUUCGGUUUCUUGAUCCCCAAACAAACUCAACUGCUUCAUUCACGUGCCGCUUCUCAUUCUCCAUCGCCUCCUCCCCUUCUUGCCCCAACGCCGACGGCAUCGCCUUCCUCAUUUCCUCCAACACCGACUUCGGAACCCUCUCUCGCGGUUACUUGGGCCUCCCUGCAGCCAUUCUCGACCAACCACAGCACCAAGACUCUUUCUUCGCCGUCGAAUUCGACACGAGCUUCGACCCUUCGCUCGGCGACAUCAACGCCAAUCACAUCGGAAUUGAUCUCAGCACCGUCGUUUCUUUUGCCUCUGUUGAUGCUCUGUCUCGCGGCGUUGACCUCAGGAGCGGGAAAGUCAUCAAUGCGUGGAUUGAGUAUAGGGAUUCCAUGAAGAUGGUUCGUGUUUGGGUUUCUUAUUCUUCAACUAGGCCUCCAACUCCUAUUCUUGCUUCCCAGGUGGAUCUUUCUGAGCAACUCAAGGAGUUCAUGCAUGUUGGAUUCUCUGCUUCCAAUGGUGGAGGUUCCGGUAUUCAUGUUAUUGAUCAUUGGCAAUUCAAGACUUUGGAUUAUGGCUCUCGUGAAGAGGUUACUCCUAUGGAUACCAUUGAAGAAGGGAACUGUAUCUUUUGUUAUCCAGGGGAAGGUGAUUUGGAUUCUGCCUCGUCCAUUCGGCGAAACGGCACGCGUCGGAGGCAGCAGAAGAUUGGUGAGAUGGCUCUUGGAUUGGGAGGGAUAACUGCAUUUCUGGUUUCUGUAGUGGCUGCAGGUUUUGUUAUCUCAAUUUUCUUGUCAAAGAAGAAAAAUAAUGGUACUGGAAAGAAAAAUUGUAGGUUUCAGACAAGUAAAGUGCCUAUGAGAUUGUCACUUUCUGAGAUCAAAUCUGCUACAAUGGGGUUUAAUCGUGAUAGGCUUGUUGGGGAAGGUGCUUCAGCAAAGGUUUACAAAGGGUCACUUCAAUGUGGUGGAGAUGUUGCAGUGAAGAGGUUUGCCAAUGUUGAUGGUUUGGAUUGUUUGCACAAUCCUUUCGCCACUGAAUUUGCCACCAUGGUGAGUUACUUGAGGCACAAGAAUUUGGUUCAGCUUAAGGGUUGGUGCUGUGAGGGCAAUGAGCUGCUUUUGGUUUAUGAGUACUUACCAAAUGGCAGCCUCAACAAGGUUCUUCAUAGGAACUUCAAUUCUUCAAUUGUCUUAACAUGGAAACAAAGGGUUAAUAUAGUUCUCGGAGUUGCUUCUGCUCUUACCUAUCUCCAUGAAGAAUGUGAGAGGCAAAUCAUUCAUAGAGAUGUGAAGACUUGCAACAUAAUGCUUGAUGCAGAGUUCAAUGCUAAGCUUGGGGAUUUUGGACUUGCUGAAGUGUAUGAGCAUAGUUCUAGCACAAGGGAUGCUACUAUACCAGCAGGAACAAUGGGCUACCUUGCACCAGAAUACGUGUACUCCGGCGUUCCGACAGUGAAGACUGAUGUUUACAGCUUUGGUGUGGUGGUGUUGGAGGUGGCUACAGGGAGGAAGCCAGUGGAGGAUGAUGGAACCGUGGUUGCGGAUUUCGUGUGGGGAUUGUGGGAGAAGAACAGGCUCAUUGAUGCUGCUGAUCCAAGAUUGAAGGGUAACUUUGAUGUACUAGAGAUGGAGAGGAUGCUGUUGGUGGGGCUUGUUUGUGUUCAUCCUGAUUAUGAGAAGAGGCCAAGGGUGAGAGAUGCAGCUAGAAUUCUCAAGAAAGAAGCGCCACUUCCAUCAUUGCCAUUGACUAAGCCUAGGGUGAGAAUUAGGCCUGUUUGUCCAAAUGAUACACCAGAGACACAGAAUGCUGUUGUUGGGGAUUGGUUAAGUUCUGAUGAUGCUCCUUAUUUGACUCCUAGGAGCCAGUUUUACUAGGAUUCUCUUUUUUUUCUUUGUACAUUUUUAGUGCAGAUUAUUUUUUAGAUCAUUGAUAUAUGAUGUGA